ACAUGAGAGAAAAUCCAGGAAAAUGUAUUGGCAAAGAGGUUUUCGCGCAGAAAUUGACAGAGGCCUACCUUCAGUUCUACAAACCUAUUACAGUAAUAAACUCAUUUAAAUCCUCUGGCAUAUAUCCAGUUGAUAGCUCUGUCAUCACAAGCGAAAUGCUGAAACCGGCAUUGACCUUCUCCGGUCCAGAAUCUGUGGCAGACCAACAUGCUGCCACUGAAGACAGUCAAGUUUCAGCAGAAGUGACAAAAGCAAAAGGAGCACUAGAAGUCUUUGAAGAAACACUUUCUACACCGUCUCGUGACCGUUACAGGAAAAGAAUACAAGAAGGUUAUAAUACUGUAGGGCAGUCUCCAUGCUUUGAUGUUUACCAAAAGAUUUAUCACAAAGCAAACCCAACAUUGGAAACAUCAACAUCUACCUUUGAAGAACAGAGUUCCCACUUAACUGGAUUGGAUAUAUUGGCACAUGCAGUUGUAACUGUGACUACUGCUAGUGUAGCAACAAGUCAACCAUCACAAAUCAACGAAGAAAAAUGGACAGAAAAUUCAACUGUUGAUAUGGUUAUAUCACCAGUUUUGACCGAGUCCCUGAGUUUUCCAAAGGAUACUGAGGCUGCAAAGCCAAUGAAACAGACAAUGUUAAACAGUUUACCAGACAAUCUUACAUCACCUGAAUGUAUUAGAAAAAUGUCCUUAAAACAGCUUGAAAAAGUCAGAAGCUUCGCCCAAAAAGUACAAAGAGCUAAACUUUCUUUUUUCAAGAAAAAGAAUACAAGCACAAAACCAGAAAAAAAGAGGAAACAACCAGAGCCAAAUUCAGAAAUAGGGAAAAGGCCUAUAAUCAAAAAGCUAAACACUUCACACCAAAAGGACAAAGUGCCUAUGGACAAAAAUGACAAUGACAGUCCCAACGCAUUUUGUAAAGCAUGCCAUAUGACUUGGGAAGAAGACCAAGAACUGGGUCUGGAACGUGUGUGGGUUCAGUGCGACAAGUGUGAUGGCUGGGUUCAUUCUGAGUGUUUAUCAUACUCAUUGGAAGAAGACGAGCCUUUCUUUUGUCCUGAUUGCCUGUAGAUAGAAAUUUAUUUAAUCAGCCCGACAUCGAAAAGCCUUCAACAUCUGGUAAGAUCAGUGCAACAAGCAUCCAUGAGAACGGGACUAGAGACUGUCACCCUACCCCCAACAUUACAACUUUUGACUCAAACAAAAUGACACUCAAGAACUCUGUGAUAAAAGGUUACCAUGUUUUUAUGAUUAGACCAUUUAUCACCAGUCCACCAACACAGUUGAUUGUUGACCGAGAUUAUAGUAAUAAAAAGGAUCCAGAUGCAUGCUUAGUAUGGUUGCCAGCGUUGGAAACAUUUCCUAUAAGUGUCCAUGAUACAGUUACGGAUGAAAAGCGCCAGCUGAAAUUAUCAGAUAUAGCAGGCCUCCCAAUAGGACAUGUUCCUAAAAUAUUGUCAAAUUUCUUUUCUUUAAUCAUUAACGAGGGUGGAACCAUAACAGCACAGGUAACAGGGGAGCCAGUGCCAAGUUUUCCACCAUGGCCAGCCCCAAAUGAAGAAGGGCGUGGUGUUGUGUUACCUUGUAAUUAUGUGAUUAAUCACUCUGAUAUCAAGGCUACCUUCAGCAAGCUGUGUUUGUUUCUGGAAAAAUCACCCGAAGGUUCAGCUAUGGAUCUGUCAAUUGAAACCACACCAAAGGCAUAAAUUAAAAGCAUGGGUGAUUUUUGCUUGCCUACUAGUGUUUAUAAAAUACAGUUUGUUUCAUUGUCAUAAUAUUAUGUCAUAUGCCCAACCCUGUAACUGUGAUAAAUUGUAUCUGAAUUACUAGUAUGAGCCUCUUUUUACAAGUUUGUUUUUAUUUAUUUUUUAUUUUGGUGCUCACAUGAAACUUAACCAAUAUAUUUAGGGUCAUCAGUAAGAUUCUAUGCCAAUUCAAAUAAAUCUGAUCAGUAUUUUAGCCAGAUGAUGUCCCCUUUUGAAGUUGACAUGGAACCAAAUAGUCUAUGGACAGCUCUUGUUUCACACAUAAAUGUUAUUUAUUUA